AUGCCGGUAAUUUGUCUUAUCUUGCUGUUAUAUUCUGGCCUCGCAAGAAGUGAGAAGCCAUCUUUCGAUUUCAGCAGGUACCAUAAUUUUAAAGAAUAUGAAAAUUAUUUGGAAGCUGUAGCAAACAAGCUUCCAACUUUGGUAAAAUUGCAAGUGAUCGGGUACACGCAUGAAGGUAGGAGGUUGCUUGCAUUGAAGAUUGGCAAUCCUGUUCAAGCGAACAGUAAGCGGAUCGUUUAUAUUGAUGGUGGUAAUCACGCAAGGGAAUGGCCCGCAUUUCAUACAGCCACAUUUUUUAUCCACAAGCUUAUCACCGGGUAUGGUAAAGAUCCAGAAAUAACUAGUUAUGUCGAUAAACUAAACUUUUACAUACUCCCGGUUCUUAAUCCUGACGGCUUCGAAUUUUCUUUCUCAGCAAGAACUGCUUUGUUGAGAAAUUGGCGAAAAAAUCGAACUCCGAAAAAUUGUGUUAAUGAUUUGCUUUUGGGCAAAGAAUCAUGUUGUCAAGGAGUUGAUAUCAACCGCAAUUACGAUUUUGGUUUUGACCAAACAGUCUACUCUUUGAAGAAUCCAUGUUCUGAUGAGUACCAAGGACCCUUUCCAUUUAGUGAACCGGAAUCCCGAGCAAUUCGAGAUUUUUUUACCUCUGACGAGCUAAGAAAUAAGACCGAUGUGGUGAUUAGCUUACACACCCAUGGACAAAUGAUUAUCCUUCCAUACAAUCACCGGAGAAGCUCAUAUCCUAAGGAUUAUGCAGAUCUGAUGGCUGUGGCUUUGAAAGCAAAAAUGGCGUUAAAAAAAUAUAGCGGACGUGAAUAUCAAAUUGGCACAAUGGCUGAUAUCUUUCGUCCAGCACCAGGCAGUGCAACAGACUGGAUUAAAAAUCAAACAACUACAAAAUACGUAUUCGUAUUUGAGUUACCACCAGAUACAACAACAUGGUUUGCAUUUCAAAUAAAACCAAACACACUGCUGUCAACAGCUACCGAAACUUGGCAAGGUGUAAAAGUGGUCAUUGAUCAGGUUAUCGAUGAGAAUAACUUGUAA